AUGGAAACAUCGAGAUGCGAUCAAUCCGACGAUAGUUUAUUUGGGCCUGAAAAUCGUGGAUGUCGAGAUGGAACAGAUUUUACCUUGCUUUUUGAGCAAUCCAUCUUUUCAAUUCUCCCAUAUGCUAUUUUUAAGAAAAAGAGUUCUUCAAAGAUCUUUAGACUUUCUAUGAUAUCGAUUUUAUGCCUUGGAGGUCUCCAAGUUUCUUUAAUCAUUCUUUACGCUUUACCUGAUGGUGAUUUGACUGAUUUUUCCUUGCCCGCGGCUUGUGUUAGCAUUAUUGCUAGCCUAUGUUUGAUUAUUGUAAGAACCCUAUGGCUACGUGGCGAUCAUCAGCUAAUAGCGAUUGUGUUUCUAUCAACUGUCCUGCUUAAGUUUACUAUUCUUAAACGAUAUCUUUUAAAACAGCCAUACGCUCACUAUGCACCCGAAGUUCUUGCAAGUUUUUUUAACAUGAGUGUAUUUUGGUGGCUGAAUUCGCUUUUGAUGAAGGGCUCUUCUUAUACUAUCUAG